CAACUUCCCUGCUUUUGUCUUUUGUAUUAAAAAACCCAACAGCAUUGGUUGUAAUAUUUAUUUUGUCAUCUGGUUGCUUCCAGGCUCCUGUUGCUGAGUUCAGACUGGGCGAACCACCUUGAAUCUUGACAGCCGAGCCAUUUGUUGAGUCUGAAAGGAUUUCAAGGUUUUUGUGCCGUGACGGACUGAUUUCCCAAUAUGUACCCCAACAGAGAGCUGGUGGAGUUUUAUGUCAAGUACAAACUGGCACAGAGGAAUUACCCGUCGCCUCUGCUGAUGUCUAAAAAGAGGGAGAGCUACAAGGCCCCUGAAGUGGCUGAAAAGAGCGCGUCGGCCCCGGACGAGGCGAGCGGCGACCACCCGCAGACGCCGUCGUGCCCGCAUGGCGACAUGGAGCUGGUGAAGGCAGCACUGCAGUACUCGGUGGACAGGUUUGAGCUGCUCUUUGCUCAAAGGUUCAGUAACCUGGACUCGUACAUCGACAUCAUUUAUGACGCCACCUAUGGAAGCUUUAAGAUGACCAUGGACCAGGUGUUCCAGGAUGGGAUUAACUGGGGCCGCAUAGUUGGCCUCUUUGCCUUUGGGGGCAUCAUUUCUGUGAAAUGUGCAGAGAGAGGCCUGAGUGACUUGGUACCUUACAUUGUGGACUGGAUGACCAACUAUCUGGACGAGCACAUCAGUACUUGGAUACAGAGCCAUGGCGGCUGGGACUACUUCGCCGAGGUUUUCCUGGACAGUUCUGCAGCUGAAGUGGGAAAGCAAUCGGAGAAGAGUUUAAGCUCCUGGAUGCUGGCUGGAGGAACUGUGCUGACAGGAGCGUUGGUCGGCAUGCUGGUGUGGAGGCUCAAGUGAAAGUGAAAGUGAAAGUGUUGAGUGGAUUCAUCUUCAUUUCUACAUAAUACAUAGAAUGACUCAGUCUGUACAUCAAAUAACUUGAUUAACUCUUUUAGUCAGAUAAUCACACUUGAAUUUGGGGUCAUCUUGAUUAAUCACAGGUGAUGACUGGUUAAUAGUUUAUUAACGAUCAUCAAUCUUCACCAAGACGUCACGUGAUUGACAUUGACAACACCCGAGGGUCUUGUGAGUUGACGCUGGCUGCUGCCACAUCAUUAUUAAGAAAAAAAUGACAGACAUGAGGGCGAGAAAGGUUUGCGUACCUUCCGUUUAUUGUAUUUCGAAUUCCCUAAUACGAAUCAAAAAACACAUUUUGGGCCAUUUUUUCUAUUUUCAUUUCUGAAACAAAAUUAUUUGAUGACACUUUUUUAAAACGACAAUAGGAAUCCUGCUGAACAAAGGUGUUAGCGUUAUGUUAAAAACAUGCUAAAGUGAAGGUAAAGCUAAAUACUGCUUCCAGCUCAAUUUGUCAUAACACAGAUAAACACGCAUUUUUGCAUUUUGGAUGAACAUGAAUUGGAUUUUUGUGUUUAUCUGGAAAAAUAAAAAUCCAUAGAAGGAGACGUUUGUGUGUAAGUGUCUGAAAAACAACUGCUUUAAGUCAUAACUUAAAUGUUGACAUUGAGCUAGACUUAUAGUCUCUUCUCAAGGACAGGGCUAUCACUUUUGCAUUUUAAAGUCCCAAUUAGGGCCUCUUUGCUACGAGAUGUAAUCCAAUGCUAUUUGGUUACAGUAGAAGAGAAAGUCAAACACAAAUACAAAUAGACGGAAUAAAAAUUGAAAGAGUAAAUUAAACCAAAUUUCUAGGUAUAAUCUCAUGUAAAAAUAUACAACAUAAAGUAGCAAGAAACACGUCAAUAAUGAAUAAAGCAAAACAUGUUCUAGACCAAAAAUCACUUCAUAUUCUCUACUGCUCACUAGUGUUACAUAUCUGACUUAUUGUGUGGAAAUAUGGGAAACAACUACAAAUGUACACUUCAUUCAUUAACUGUGUUACAAAAAAGAUCAGUUAUAAUAAUACAUCAUGUUGGAUAUAGACAACAUACAAACCAUAAAACCUUAAACCAAAAUGUAUUGAAUCAAAAAUAUUGAAAUUCAAUGAUUUGGUGCAUUUACAAACAUCUAAAAUGAUACACAAAGCAAACUAUAACCUGCUAGCCAAGAAUGUACAACAAUUCUCAACAAAAGAGGAGAAAUAUAAUCUUAGAGAAAAAUGUCAUUUAAAACAUUUGUACACACGUACAACACUUAAGACCUUCACUAUAUCAGUAUGUGGAUUCAAUGAUGAAAUGGAAUAAGUAAAUAAAUCAAACAAUGUACUAAUAUGAUCCACUUCAACAAACUCUUCACACUUUAAGUGUUUACAAAGUACAAAGAAGAAGAAGAACCAUGAUAAACAUUCUCAAUUUAUUUCAUCCAUCAUUCAUUUUCUAGAUAAUCUUACUCAUCUCACCAUAUGAAAUAUAACUUACUUCACCAAUUAUUAUUUAUGUACUUUUAUUGUGAUUACUUAUGGAGUAUAUUGUGAAUACAUUUAGAACAGGAAGUGAACAAAAGUUUUUGCAACUGCUAUGUAAAAGAAAAGGGGGAGGAUUAUAGUAGGAGUAUCAUGUUGUAUGCAUGCAUGUGUAAUGUAU